AUGGCGCCGCCUCUCGCCGCCGUCUCAUCGACGUCGCCCCUGUUCUCUCCUUCCUCAUCCCGCCCCCUCCGCCGCCGCCACGCACCUCCUGCUUCUAUCUCCUUCCAAACGCGGGGACGCUCGCCCGCGGUGGCGGCGGCGGCAGCCGAGGCCUCCGGCAGCCCGCUUCUCGAGGUGCGCGGGCUCACCGCGUCCGUGAAGGAGACUGGGCAGCAGAUCCUCGCCGGCGUCGACCUCACCAUCCGCGAGGGCGAGAUUCAUGCGAUUAUGGGGAAGAACGGCUCCGGCAAGAGCACCCUCACAAAAGUUCUUGUUGGCCAUCCGCAUUACGAGGUAACUGGCGGUACCAUUCUCUUCAAGGGUGAGGACCUGGUGGACAUGGAGCCAGAGGACAGAUCUCUAGCAGGCCUUUUUAUGAGUUUCCAAGCACCUAUUGAGAUUCCUGGAGUCGGCAAUUUCGAUUUUCUGCUCAUGGCAGUGAAUGCUCGCAGAGAAAAGAGUGGUCUACCAGCAUUGGGUCCCCUUGAGUUUUACUCAAUUGUAUCGCCCAAAGUUGAUGCCUUGAAGAUGGACCCAAAGUUCCUUGAUCGCAAUGUGAAUGAAGGUUUUAGCGGCGGUGAAAGGAAGCGUAAUGAGAUAUUGCAACUUUCAGUCAUUGGAGCAGAUUUAGCCCUUCUUGAUGAAAUAGAUUCAGGAUUAGAUGUUGAUGCAAUUGAAGAUGUUGCUAAUGCAGUGAAUGGGCUUUUGACACCCCAAAACUCUGUUUUGAUGAUUACGCACUACCAACGUCUUUUGGAUCUCAUUAAGCCCAGCUAUGUUCACAUCAUGGAAAAUGGCAAGAUAAUCAAGACAGGUGACAGUUCUAUUGCCACACAAAUUAAUGAAGGUGGCUUUAAAUCAAUCGCCCUUGUAUAG